AUGUACCCUUUCAUUUUAGAAAUUCUAUCUGAUGAGGACAAAAUUCAAGUUAUUGAGGCAUGGGAACUGAGAGAGAUAUGUCUACAACCUCUACAGCUAGCACUAGAGUCAAGAGCAAGAAAAUUAGGUCACACAGCACUUGCAGGAAUUCAGGUUAAAAGUUAUUCAUAUUUUUGUGACACCCAAAGGUCAUCUAUCUGGCAACCAAAUACAAUAAUUUGUACAUGGUGCUUUAGAGUUAAAAUGUAACAAAUAAAAAAAAAUUGUGUACUGUGUGAAUAAAUGUUGCUUUAGAUUAUAAUUAUAAGAAGUAUGGCUUUGAUAAAAUUAUUUGAGAAAGUGUUAGGACUUUAUUAACUUGGAAUCAGUUAUUAAUUCUUCAGAUAAAUUUGCAAGAUACUAAACUCAUAAUAUGAUUUCCAAUGUUUGCAAAGUAAAUUCCAUAUUAAGUACCAUAUUAUCCAACACAGUGAUCUAAUUUUAUUGAGCCAGGAAAACAAUGUACCAUAUAUAGUUUAAUUACUCAUUAAACUUAUCAAAAGACAUUGUUGUAUGUUGAUAUAAUAUUUUCUGCCGCUGGCAUGAGCUCAGUUUUGAUUCCCAUUUUUAAAAUUAAAAAAAAAAUCUCUGUUAGCUUUAGAAUUUUUCAUUAAAUAUUAUAAUAUAAUUUGUACAUCUAAAAUUAAACUCCAAAACAUUUAAUAUAAAAAUAAUGCAAAAAAAUGUCAUACAUACCAAUAUCCAGAUAUUACUUCUCUUUCCACUAUUUUGAGGUGUAAUUUCUUAGGGCCAUUUCUAGUGUUUGUUAUUAAAAAUGUUUACACUUCAUCUCAAUUAUUUGAUGUAUCUGGAUGAAUUUGUCAUAUAAGUGUUAUAAAAAUCAAGAAAGCUUUCUACUUUUUUAAUAUCUAUUAAUAUCUAUUAUCUGUUUUCAGACCAUGUUUAAAGAUGAAAGAUUUCGAAGUUCCAUGGAGACGAGUGAUGAGGACAAAUGGCUACCUUCACAGGUCCUCACUGUUUUAGCUGGUGCUCACUCUCUGGCGGAAGAUUUACAGAUAGAAGUUAUGAAGGUUCGUCAAAUAAAGAUUAAUUCAUUUAUAACUUGAUAAAAAAGAUUAAAAAAGACAAAAUGUAUUUUCAUUUUUAAUGUUAUAAUUUUCAGAGUUAAAAUAUUUAGUAUUUAUUAAAUUUUAUAAAGACUACAGAAAAGUUUUUAUUGUCACUUAAGGAUUUAUAAUUACAUCUAUGGCAAAUUAAGCGAUCUUAUAGACAUUAUGGAAUCGGCAAAUAUCAUUUGUGCAAUGAAUAGUAAUAGAAAAUUGUUCAUACAGCUUUUACUGAACAUGACGGUCACAGCCUCCUGGUGUACCAGUGCAAAAACAAUCAUCAAAAUUGCACAGGUGAGCUCAUACAGAAAUAGUUUCAUUAUAACGCAGGGGAAAAGCUUAAUCACAUUUUAAGGACUCUUAGUAAUUUUUUUAUACCUUUUACCAUAAGUAAGUAAAAUUAGUCUUGAGAAAUACAUUUUUUGAAGAAUCACAAGGUGUAUAAAAAUUUAAUUCAUUGCAAUCAACUCAUCCUAUUUUGUAUAAAUAUGUAGCUCAUAUUUUAAGGCUUUAUUAUUUUAAUCUAAAUCCAUUAUGAAAUCACCAUCGAUCUUUUGUUAUGCUAUUUUGUUCCCUGUACCACUGGGAGUUUAGCCGAAUUCUCUUGCAACAGAUUUCCAUGUUAAACAUUCUGCUAUGUUUUGAAGCACAUCAAAAUAAGAGCCAUUGAAAAAAAAUUAUGUAUCGGUAGCGAGCUAACUAUGCUGCAUGAAAUCUUAUUUUUAUAGAUUUUUAAUUAAUCUUCUAUAUAUUCAGAAGUAACUAUAGCUUUUUUUUUAAGUUAAUACAAUCUUAUUUUUUUAAAAACUAUUUUAUUUAAAUUAAAUCUCAAGGUGUUAUUUUUUUUACCAAACAUUGAACAAAGGUGGAUUUACUGGGAGAAAAGUUCAAGGUAUUAAUCUCAAAGUUUUAAGAAGUCAAUACCCGGUAUAGGCAUUUGCUAUAAAUAAUUUUGAAAGUAGAAGAAAAUGCAUUGGAUUUAAUUAAAAUAUACAUUUUUUUGUUUAUAUUUUUUCCUAAGCAUUGUUUUUAAAUGGCAGUAUUUCCCCUGUGAUUGAAUAACAGCUUGGUUCCCAUCAUAUGGUCCUAGUGCAGCUCACAGUUUGAUUGGUAAAGUGGGGUCAAUUUAAUACUUAAAAUAAAAAAAAAUAGAAAUUAACCUUUAUACCAACUGAGAACAAGCACACAUUUUAGAAAAUAAAUUGGGGUAAAAGGGCAGAUUCAUUCAGGUAAUUGCAGAGAUUAUUUUUCUGUAAAUCUCUUCUUACUGAACAGACUAUGACAAGAUUUUGUGAGUAUUGGCCGAUGAGAAACUAACACGACUGCAUAAAUUUGCAUGCUGUUUGAACCAUAAUAUAUUAAUAUUAUUAUAGUUGCCUGUGUUUUACAGCACAUAGACCAAAUAAGUUUCAAAUUUUUUAAAUACAUUUCUUUGAACAGAGUGCAAAUACAAUGCUAUGAUGAACUGAAAGGUGAUCAAUGGUUAUUUCAAAAGAUUUUUUUCUCCCAUAUCCAUUUAGGUACUAACAGUCUACUAAAGAGCUUAUAUAUGAAAUGUCAGGACACUAAUAUUUUACUAGUAAAAAGCAGUCUGUUGCAUGGGUAG